GGUCUGAUAACACCCGAAGCAGGUCCACCACCACUCCUCCCGCAUCUCCUCGUACCCACCCACCUUCUUCGUUUCCACCCCCACCACACCACGGCACCAACCUCCCUGCCUUCCUCCACCACGGCACCACCUCCCUCCCUUCCCCCACCCCACCAACCGACGCCAUCUCCUGCGCCCCUGCCCCACCCACCACACCACGACACCAACCUCCUUGCCUUCCCCCACCCCGGUCACCUCCCAGCGCCGGAUCCAGGCCGCAGCGACCCCCUCACUUCCUCGACCGGCCUCCCACGGCCCCGCCCCAUGACGCCGGCCUCCACGGCUUCGACCCCCCGCGCCGCCCCGCAAUGCCGACCUCCAAGGCCCCGGCCCCUGCGCCGCCCCGCAACGGCUGGCCCCGGCCCUGCCCGCUGCGACCCUCCCUAAUCCCGCGAGAUCCGCGACAUGUCGAGCCGCCACCAUCGGAUCCCCCCACCGCGCCCCUUCUUCCUCAUUCUGGUCCGUCCCGGGGCGAGGACGGGCUCUGCCGCGCCGUGAACGAGGGAACUUCACGGGCGGGGUCGGCGAGCAGAGGAGGUGCUGAGGAUCCGGCUGUUGCCGGGCUUCUCCCGUCGGAUCCAAUCGCUGUCAGCCAGAUCCGCUGCAGCGUGCUAGCUGGCCGCCUUCCGCAGCCUCACCGCAUCCUGCAUCGACCGGAGAAACCCCUUCGUGAUCCCAUCUUCCUCCCCCUACACCAGCGUUGGUGUUUUGGCGCCUCCCCCGUGAAGCUUCGUUGUUGCCACAAUGAAGUUCAGCUGGCUCACUGCUGCAGCACGUCGCCGGCGGUGCACACUCUGCACGCAUGUUGUCCACUUGGCGAUUGUGCGUUUUGGUGUUUACAUGCAGGUCAUCGGUUUGGUGCGGCGAGCUCUUACAGUUCAGGGCGGCACUGGCCGAUGGAGCGCCACCACACCUGCGCCACCCCUUCAACCUCCUCCAGGGCCGCCGUGCCCUGAUCCACCUAGUUGCCUCUGUCCCACCUCAAUCUAGAUCAGGAUCUAGUUCCUCGUUAGCUGUCGGCCGAGCUUCUUCCUCGCUGGUGAGCUCCUUCUCCCUCUCCCAUCAGAUUGGGGAGUCGCUGGUCAACACACCUCCUGGUGGUGUCCUAUGGCAAGCGUGCUUGCAGUGCAGUCUGGCAGCGAGCACACUUGCAGUGUAGUCCGGCAAAAAUUUAUGUGGUUCGCUCCGUAAAAAUGAAUGUGUAUGAAGAAACACUUAUGCAGUCCUUUCUCGCGAGUGGGGAAGCCGAUGCCGUGACCAUGCAGUCCCAACGCGAUGUGUAAUGUGUAGCGUGCAAACAAAAAAUGUAGUCCGAUCGCCUCA